AUGGACGGAAAUGAGGAUUCUGGCAUUUUUUUUGAGGAGGAUGACCAUAGGGCCGCAUACAUCUUCAACGCCGACCAGCCGCUCAGCACACAAAAACAGACUCCUCGUCCCGCAAAGAGGCGAAAAGUAGCCAAGGCGGAUGCUCCCAGGCCACACCAAGACUCGUCAGUCGAGCUGGCAUUCCCUCCCCUCUUCAACGGCGCCGAGGGCUCCGACGCUGUGCGGCUGCGGAAGCAACUGUAUGAGACGGCGUGGCCUGUUCUAGAGGACCGCAUACAGCACGUCCUCCGAGAAGCCAACAGCAACACCCUGGACGAAGUCACGUCGUUCUUGCAGCACGCUGCCGAGGCUGAGACAGGAAAGAUCACGGCGGGCUUCAUCAUCACGGGACCGAGCAUUGCGUCGCAGCAUCUCCUCUUUGAGCAGCUGGGCGAGCGCCUCCGUACCGCGACCCGGGCAAGGUUUGUCCGGCUGCGAGCGUCCGAGGCGCCGAAUCUCAAGGCCGCCUUGAAGAAGAUCAUUCAGGAUGCCACGGCCAGUGGCACUGAUGGGGAGGAGGUUGGGGACGUUGAGAUCAGCCACGGCGGGAGGAAAUAUCUCGAUUACGACCUCGAAGCGCUGCACGUCUUUCUUCAGCAGCAACAACAGCAGUCGCCGAGGGUGGUGGUUGCGUUCCAGGACAGCGAGGCAUUCGAAGGUGGUUUGUUGACCGACCUGAUUGCUCUCUUCCAUUCAUGGCGCGACCGCAUUCCGUUCGACCUCCUGUUUGGCAUCGCCACCUCGGUUGAGUUGUUCCAGGCGCGCCUGCUCAAAUCCACCGCCCGCCAGCUCUACGGCGCCCAGUUCGACGUCGUGCAGGCCGACUCGGUUCUCGAAAGCGUCAUCAAGACGGCCGUUGCCGGGUCCCAGGCUGCCCUGAGGAUCGGCCCGUCACUGCUGCAGAGCUGGGUCGAUCGCCACAGGGACCAGGUGGCCGGCAUCCAGGUGUUUAUCAGCUCGCUCAAGUACGUCUAUAUGUGCCACUUUUAUGCGGACCCGCUGAGCGUGCUGCUCGCCGGUGACGGCCGUCUGGACCGCAAGCUGAUGCAGCCCGAACACAUCGAGGCCGUCCGGACGCUUGACUCGUUCAAGGCCCAGGUUGAAGCCGCCGUCGAGGCGAGACAGCUGAACCAUGCGCAGUCUCUUCUCGAAGACGAUGACUAUCUUGUAGCUCAGAUCUUGGAGCAGGGCCAGAAACGGAACGAAUACCUGCUGCGUCUUCUCCGUUCCCUGCACCUGGUGGCCGCCACGGGGCUCAGCUCUACUUCCUUCACUGACCUCUACAUACUGGCACUGAGCAGCGGCAUCGAUAUCGAUCAAUCAUCCGGGACGGUCCCUCUGGAAGACGCCGUCAAACGACUUAGAGCUGAAGAGUUUCUGUCUUUGAUAAACCGUCUGCUGAUGGCCGUACAAACCGGCAGCUCAGACCUGGGCUUGGACGGGUGGGAACCGGAUGCCGAGGAGUUGGUAGGCUCCCUGACAGACCUGAGAGACGAAGUCGACGGUCUGAGGGAGCGCUCCAAGAGCAACGGUACGGUUCUCAAGAGCAAAUACAGCGCUCAAAGCCGCGUGUUGCGCACAACAGUCGUGGCGCAGAAGGUGCAGCUCAGCCAAGACACGGCGAUUAUGACCGACGAGGACAAAGCAUUCACCAAAGCCGUCGACGCUUUGUUGGACCUCUUAUCCGAGAACCUCAACUGCGGCCCCAUUGACAAUCUCUUUCUUCACGAGGCCUGGGUCUUCGACUCCAAGUCGCCCUACCGAGACGUCUUUGUCCCCUGCCCGGACGCCACCUUCGGCCGCGCCCUCUCCCGCCCGCAUGACUACCUCGCCUGUGCGUGUUGUGCCAAGGCCAACGGCGGAUUGGCGUCGACGCUGCCGACGACGGCCAUCCUGUACCACCUCUAUCUCGAGGCGGGCGCUCUCAUCAACGUGGCAGACCUGUGGUCGGCCUACUACGCCCUCGUCGGCGAGGAGUCCGAGCCGGGGCUCGACGAGCGGUCCGCGCUGGUGUGCUUUUACCGCGGCCUGGCGGAGCUCAGGAUGAUGGGCUUCGUGAAGCAGAGCAGAAAGAAGGCCGAUCACGUUGCCAAGUUGAAGUGGCUCUUCUAA